AUGUCUACUUUUUCAAUCCUUACACGUCAAUGUCUUGAAUUAAGUGAAAUUUGUUCAAAAUGUAAAUGGAAUUGUGAUCAUUAUCAAUCAAAUGGAUUUUGUCGUUGUAGUCCAUACGGUAAACGAGAUUGUGAUAUAAGUCGAGAACAAUGUUGGGCAGACACCGUAAUUAACAUUGAUCUUCCGCCAAAUCCUCGACUUUCUGAAGUUAACAUAAUUAUCGAUGGUGAUAAUUUUUCACAACGAAUUAUAGUUGUAUUAAUUGAUUAUUUUAUAAAGCAAGGAUGUAAAACAGUUGCGAUGGUUAUUUCACCAUCGAAAUAUAUUGGAAUUAUUAGUGGAAGUUAUGGUGAACAGGUCAAAUCGGAGUUUAUUCGUCUUAUCGAAGGUGGACAUGUACUGGUUAUUUCGGCAGCUAAUUCAAUGUAUUAUGAUCAUACGGGUGGCUGUGAAGAUGCGGUUGUUUUACACAUUGGCAUGUAUCAUCGAGCUAUAGUACUCUCAAAUGACACAUUCAAACCGAAAAUUGGUGAAGAACAUGAAUUCAUUCCAAAUACCAGUCUUCAUGUAACUGAAACCAAAAUUUCUGAUUAUGAAAUCUCGCUAACAUUCACCAAUCCAAGUAAUCUCACUCAACCAGGUCCUGAUGUUUUAAACUAUGUAAUAGACAAUGUUCUUGCACAAAACACACUGGCUGAUCCUAUAUGUACAAGUUCAUGUAUAGAAGCCCAUAUUCCAGAAAUUCUAAAACGUCAUCGAAUUUAUAAUCUGAAUAAACAUCUGGAUCGAUGUGAUCGUGUUGUUUAUGAGCAUUAUUCAAAAUUAGACAAAUAUAGUCAAAAAUUAAAUACGUUUACGAACCAAAUAGACAAAGCACCGAUUAAUGACAUGGAAUUGAUUGAAACAUUAAACGAGAGAAAACAACAAGUGAUUGAAAAUACAGAAGAAUAUAAAGACAAAAUUGCAUCAUUAUUAGAACAAAAUGAAAAAUUUAGGGAAGAAAUCAUUCAACAAUUAACUGUAUCAGGUAACAUUGAUCAUUUUAAACCCGUAUCGAUUCGCUCCGGCCUUCCAUACUAUAUCUUUGGUUCCGAAAACAGCCUCGACAAUGAUAUUUUAGUCCUUCUGAAAGACUAUCAAAAACCGGCUACAUAUGUCGAAUGCCAAAAACUGAUGAACAAGUUUACUUACGAAUUUCAAGACUUACACUGUUUCGAAAGCGACAAACCUAUCAAUAUAAAUCUUGCAGUUCUAACAGAUGGUAUAAUUACAUGGGUGUUGAAAGGCAAUCCUGAUGAAGCCAAUAACGGUAUCCUUCGUACAUAUCAUUUACAUAAACAAUACCAUCCACUCGAAAUUCAGCGACUCGUUCCUCGUGAUAUUGAAAAGAAAAUUAUUCGUGCUACACGUUCUAUUCUGUCUCAGCUAACAAAAUCUGAACGACGACAUAAUAUUAAAAACGCAUUGAAAGCAAAUCAACUCUAUAUUCGUCUCGAUGCACUUAAGCCAAUUUGUUUUCAAGAGCUCAAUUUUAAACAAUCCGAAAAAGAUUUGACUGAAAUAGUAAAAUUGAUUGCAUUUCAACUUGGUCAGACAAUGGCUUUGGUAAAAGAAAACAUAGAACUGUACACAAAAAUACAAGUAGCUGAAUAUGAUCCGAGAUUGAAGCAGUAUCUAAUGAGAGAAUCGGGAUGUAAUUUGGAAAUAUUGACGCAAGUUAAAAAUGAAUAUGUCGCAAUGAUUGAACAUAUGUUUGUUCAACAGCCAGAAUUAAGAACGAAAGCAGAAGUACUAGUUACUGACUGA